ACUAUGGCGGAGGCGGCGAGAGGGAGCCAGACCUCAGAGUUAGACCCUUCAGUACCAGCAACACAAGUUAAAAAACGUGAGAGACAGACGGGCGUGUCAUGGGACGACGUGGCCGCCAGACUGCUGCAGGAGAAGCUGCUGCUGACGGCGCUGGAGCUGCACACGGAGCUGGUGGAGGCGGGGUGUGAACUGCCCAGACUGAGAGAUUACUUCUCUAAUCCUGCCAACUUUGAUCAUUACACGACUGUAAGACAUGCUGACCUGCAUUCCGUCGCCCUGCAUACUGGACUCUCACUCGCACGCUCUUCAAGCCAAACUACUCUAGAUUCUCUGGAUUGGGGUCGUCUCAGCGAAGAUGGAGAAAGAGCUGUGGAUGAGCGCGUGGCUGUCCUUGAGUUUGAAUUACGCAAGGCGCGUGAGACUAUACAGGGACUGCGAACAAAUCUCACACAAGCAACAGAAUCAAAACCAUCAUCUUUUGAAAAGGAGGAAGCAAAUAAACCGGCUAUUGUAGCAUCUUUAUCAUCCAUCCGUCCACAUGAGAAGAGAACGUUAAACUUCUUAAUUAAUGAGUUUCUUGUGACAAAUUCUUACAAACUAACUGCAAUCACCUUUGCUGAUGAGAAUGAUGAUCAGGAUUUUGAGCAUUGGGAUGAUGUGGGACUGAAUACUGGUCGGCCGCCAAACUUGGUGCAACUGCUUAGAGAAGGCGGCCACUCUACAACUCGGCUCAUCUCGUGUUCUUCCCAGACAGAGGGUAGCUCACAAACACAGAUCACUCAGCUGGAGGAGCAGAUAAAAAGGUUACAAGAAGAGCUAAAUGAAGCAAAGAGUAAUUUUGAUGCUCAAGAGAGGGAAUUUCAGAAGUUGAAGAGAAGAGCUUCUGCCCCAAGCAUAACUCCACUUACAUCGCCUAAAAAACAAACCAAUCGUAUGCAAGCUGAAGGGAACACAGAUAAUGCUGACAAGUCAAGCCCAAUUAGUGUUGAUAAGGAUGGUCGAGAAUCGCCUGAGGGAACUUCAGAUAAUGAAGAAGCAUCAGGGGGUGGUGGAUUUGUUAUGGUAACACCUUCAGCAGUGCCACUUAGGACUCAAACCAUAGGGUCUUCAGCAAAUGUUGAAUUUAAAAAUGGUGUUGAAAACAGUGAGGAAAUUACUGAUGAAGGUGCUGGUGCUCAUGCACAGAUAAAUGAAUUGAUAAAUGAUGUAAGUGGAUUUGAAAUGCCUUCAGAAUCUAUUGAAGAUCUGAUACAAGCCAACCAUGGAGGUACACAUUGUGAUUUAAAUAUACAGCUUUCAGAAUCUUUGGAUCAAAGAGUUAGUGUGACUGAGGAAGAGGUGUUGAUAAAGGGAGAAAUAAAUGUAUACGAGUCCUCCACAAUACCAGAUGACGAUGGAGAUGUGGAAAGCGUUGAUGAUUCCUCUGUUAGACAUCAUCACCAGCCUCAGUCAAGAGAUACUAUUCCUGUAAAUGAAAGCACAGGAAACGUAAGUUCAACAGAGAAAUAUCUAGAACAACUAAAGACCGAGGCCAAAACAUUGCUGAGGGCGUCUUCAAAGAGGUGUCCGCCAGAGGCUUUUGAGGAACAUGUAGUGCAGGCCAGUCUUGGCCACAUAAUGCGGAGAAAUUCACGGGUACAGACUGAGGUAGCAACACUGGGUCAAGGUGGCCAAGAACUCUUAGAUGUAGUUGCAACCUCGAUACACAACAUAGCUCCUAAUGUCAUUCUAGCGAAACGUGAGGAACUGUUACCACUCCUCAUCUGUGGGGUGAGUCUACACAAAGAUGGACGAGAGAGAGAGCGCUUACUCCACCUGCUGUUUAACCUUAUUAAGCGGCCAGAUGAGGAGCAGCGCAUCAGCAUUCUAACGGGACUUGUUGGUCUGGCUCGUGUUUUGGGAGCCACCAAGCUUGAGGCUGAACUACUGCCGCAGUGUUGGGAACAGUUGACUCACAAGUAUAUUGAGCGCCGACUGCUUGUAGCUCAAUCUACAGCUGCCUUGGCUCCUUACACCCCGCCACCACUAAGAAACUCUCUCUUGCUUUCCAUGCUACUUCAACUCCUUGCUCCAGGUGGUGAGAAAGAGACCCGGGUGAGAGAUGCAGCACUGACUAGCUUAUCCCUCUUAGUCACUUUCCUAGAUGACCAAGACAAGUUACCCGUUCUUGUGGACACCUUACUAUAUUGCCUUGAGAAUAUUGGGACCACUACUGAUACAUCACCUCCUGCAGCUCUUGAUACAUCAUUUAUGACAGCAAGAUCUGCAGCAUCACCUAGAGCUACAGACAUGCUCCUUGAAUCUUUAGCCAUGUGGGCUGUUGAAAUAAACAGACUAGAUCUCAUACUUGACCCUUUGUUAACAAAACUUAAUCAAAUGGCUAUGCAUUUCAAGCAGCAGCAGCAGCAGGUUAAUUUGCAAGCUUCACAAGCAUUGGGACAACAGCCAAUCGUUCCUGUGAUAGAGGCACUUGUAAAGAUAAUUCCGUUCAUACUGGCGACACUUAUUAAUUCAUUACCUGCUGUAGAUGGUGACGAUAGUACAGUUACUACUUUAAUUUCUUUAUCAGCUUGUAGUGCCUUGGAGGAAUUAGAAGUUAUUAUUGGAAAUAAAGCCACAGCUGAAUCUGGCUUAACUAAAUUUCACCAGUAUGUUUCUAAGGAAUGGUUCAAGUCAUGGAAAGAACUCGAGUAUGUUACUCAAAAGUUCUUUCCAGCCAUAAUUAAGUCCCUCUGUUUUAUUGAUGCUUCAGCUGUGUCAAUAAUUCAAGCAUUUAUUAAGUUGUUUUCUCAGUUGCCAAUUUGUUUUGGAUCUUACCUUACAGCAUCAAGCAUUACUCCAAUUUUUAUGGAAAAUUUGAGCAUUGAUGACUCGGCACUUGAAGCAGUUCGUCAGGGAAAUACUGGCCUCACUGGUUCAUUGGUGGUUGUGUAUAUCGUAGCUUUUUUGGCAUCAAAUCAAGGAUACUCUGAAAAGCCAGGGGAGCUGGAAGGAUUUUUGGCAAGACAAAUAAGUAUUCUUUCCCUGUGCCGUGCACAACCAGACUCACUGUAUGUUGCUAUCUCAACCUUAUUGCAGUCCCAACGUAAUCAAGAGUCUGUGCUUGGAGCUUUAUGGUCAUGUGUAGUUCAUAAAUCCAGUAUGGUGAGAGCAUGCAGUGCUGGGUUGUGGGGAGUAGUUGUGAGUAGUGUGGAGGAUGGUGCCUUGGGAUCACGCGUUGUACCGGCUCUCGUUACUCUCGCCACAGACCCAGAUAUACAUGUCAAGGCCUCGGCAGUUCAUCCUCUGGCUACGGUUAUUACAACGACAACAAAUACUGAGGUAUUAGACAAAGUGUGGCUUCAACUGGAGACUUUGUGUGAGGAUCCAUCUGUGCUGGAGAACUUGGAAUUCCAGUUGGCUCUGGCACGCACAUGUAGUCUUAUGGCACACACUGCACACCCUCGCCUCAUACAUCAGUUUUUGCUGCCGCAGUUGUGUCGACUGGCAAUGGAUGGGAGGCAUAGCGAGGACGACACAGCACUACUGGGCGCGGGGCUGCUAGAAGCAUAUUCGGCUCUCACUUGCUGUCAUUUGCCAGAUCAUGUAGUAGCACACUUUGUUCUUCCACCACUCACCCAGCUUCAAAAAACAUUAGGAUCAUCAACAUUUGAACACAUGGAAACCAUUACUGACCUGAUUCGGGAAUACAACAUGCACACCCAAGCAUCCCAGGGAUUGGAAAGGCGCAAAUCCAACUUGUCACUUAGUGGCGCAUUGCCCGUUCAUCCUGGAGUUGAUGACAUGAAGAACAAGAUGAGUAAGAUGUUUGCAUCCCGUCCGUCUGCUAAUGUCCUGCAAGCCAAAGCUCAAGCUAUGAAUGUCAGUCUGCCAGGAUUCUUAAAGAAAAAAUAAGAAUAAGUUGAUUUAUGAACAACUUUUCCUAAAAUAAUUUUUCUAUCAAAACUGGUAAUCUUUUUUGGUUGUGGUAGAUAUAUGCAAGUUACAGUGAUGGUGGUGGAUGCUCAAACAUUAUUCAUUUAUAUAUACACUACUGAUUAUAUAUAUAUAUAUAUAUAUAGUGUGUGUGUGUGUGUACUCACCUAGUUGUGUUUGCGGGGGUUGAGCUCUGGCUCUUUGGUCCCGCCUCUCAACCGUCAAUCAACAGGUGUGUGUGUGUGUGUGUGUUAUAUAUAAACAUAAUAAUAAUAAUUUGCAGAAAGUGUUCUCUCUGAAGUGGGGAAAUACUUUUUUCUCAGUUUCAGUGAAAUUGUAGAGAUUAUAUUAAAUAACAAAAAUUACUGUCUUACACUCUUCAACAAGGUCUGUUUUUAUAUAGGUUUACAAAUACUAUGUAUUUUGUGUGUGUGUGUGUGAGAUAGAGAAACUGAAUACGAACAAAUUUAUUACUGUACUGUAUAUCAUUUUAUAUACACAGUAACAGGAAUGAUUGUACUGUAUUUGUAUACAGUAGUGGUAACAAGCUCGGAUAUGUUGGUGACGAGCACGGGAAGCUUGAUAUGAUGGAGUUGUCUGGCAGCUUCAUUGGUAUAUAGAUGCUAAGUGGAGUUUAAGCAGAACAUAAAUCUUUAAUAUAAUGGCUGUGGGUAAAUGACCUCCAUGCCCAGUGUACCAGAUGGCAGCCCACAUCACCUGGAGGUCUGGCCGGUCUGUGCUAUCUCUAUACGAUGCACUGAUUUCUGCAGGAACCUGUUCUGCUAUUAUUUGGGUAAGUGGUGUUUGCAUUCCUUGGAACAUUUGUCAUGCAGAGGACCAUGCAUUGGGUAUUGUUAAUAUGUCUGCUUCUUCUUCCAUUAAUUCAUUGAGUUAAGAAUUUGAGGGCUGACAUUGCAGUUUACAUGGGUGACCACAGCAGAAAUUUCUCCUGGAGGCUUCAACACCAUACAAACCUUUCACUCUUUCAAGCUCUCUUACCCCUUCCUCCAACUUGUCUUUUGUAUAUUGUUCUGCUUCCUUUCCAAGCUUCUGAUUGUAUCUUUACUACUUUUUUGUACACUCUGGGAGUAUACAAAGGAGAAAUACUCUUCACUGUAAGCAAUUCUCAGAUAUGUUACUAACAUACCCAUAUCUCUUCAAUAUGUUGCACUUCACCUACUUCACAUUUCAUUCAGUUGCCCCUCUCACACAUGCCAUCGCUCUUAUUUACUUCCACAUUGUUAUACCCAUCCCAUAUACUUAACUGAGCUGCUUUUUCCAAAUGCAAAAUAUUUUCGUGAGUUUUCAAUACUAAUAUUUACUCUUAUUGUCACAUAAACAAGCAUGAAUAAAGGAGGCUAGUUGGUUGGCUGUCAAACCUAUCCGUUAAUUAAAUGCACAAAUUUUUUUACACAAUUAACCCCAUAAAAAUUGGUGUGGUUUAGGGAAAUUAAAAACUGCUGCAAUAAUGACACUUCCUGGGGAGAAAUGAAUGAUGACUUUAAUAGGUUAGGUGGAUAGCCUAGGUUCUGACACUUUUGAUUAGGUUACACCACUGCAUUUUUAUAGAAGUACAAAAAAUGGGCUAGGCUGUUAUUGCUGGGCCACUGGCUUACAGACAAUACUGUACCCAGUGGGCAUAAUAUCCUAGUGUAACAUUAAUUCAGUGUUGAGUCAAUGUUACUCUUGUAUAUUGUUCCCACUGGGUACGUGUCUGCCCAGAUACAUGGCUCCUCCAAGAAGCCAAGAUAUAUGUAAUAUCUAACAUUAGUGUUGAAUAACUAGCUAUGGCAACCUGAUUAUUUUUUUACUAAUGCCUGUGUCACUGUAUAAUGACUAUGGACUCUGUGCAUGUGUGACUGAUGACUGUAAAUGGUCAUUGUGUCACUGUGACUGGUGGCCAGCUGAUGACUGAUAACUCUCCCAUAACUGCGUGAUGAUUGUAUCCACUGAUAGUGACCAGUAUGUGACAGUUGUGAUUACAGGGAUUUCUCUCAAGGUAAAGAGAAGAGGAGCAGGUGUGUGGAGACAGGUUAGAGCUCUUUAUAUUUGAGUAAACCAGCCUGCUACAACAACAAACCAUGUUGUAAACAUCAUGUAAUUGGUCAAAAUCAAAUGUUUUAUUUAGCCAAAAGGUAAGGUAAUUAUCAUGGAAAGUGCCAAGCUAUUAAGGCAUGCACAUAGAAUGGGAUAUGAUGAUGAUGAGUUAGGAUAGGACAGAGGAAAUGAAUGGGGCCCAGUCACGUGGAUGGUUGGGGAUUGAAUGUCAGCGUGUAAGAAGCAAGGCUGUCUACUGUCCAGUCAAUGUGGCUCUUCUACUUUUGCCAAUAAAUAGCCUUCUUUAUUUUCAUUUAUAAAUAUGCAUAUCACAUCAGUUGUGCUGAACAAGUUGAUAUAAUGAUUUUAUAUUUUUUCAGUGGGAAUGAAUGUUAACCGAUCUGGUUUGCUCUACAAUGGUAUGCUUGUUUGGUGGCAAUAACAAAUUUAAUCUUCAGUCUUUUGGACAAAAGGUAAUAUUUUAAAGUGUUUUUCAGGGGGGAAGAAUGUAUCCUAUGGGGCCGCAAGUACAUUGUUAAAAUUGAUUUGAAAUAAAUUCUAUUUACUUGCUAAUGAUAUAGAAUAAAAAAAGAUCCUUGAUAUUGCAAUAUAGUUUAUUUGCACUUGGAGAUAAAACUAAAUCUUCAGAAGCAUGCUGGUUGUUCUUAAAGUAAAAGACUAAAUUUUGGUGAUAGGAAGUGUAGGAGCGAGAUGAAGUUAGCAGAAGUUUUAUACUACAGUGCAUUGUAGAACUCAUUUGGUAGUCAUUAGUGGUGUUAUUGGCAAAAUAAUUUAAUUAUACUCAUAAAGAAAAUAGUCUUUAAUAUUUGUUAUUUAUUAAUAAAUAAUUCAUUUUGUCUGGAACAGGCAUGUAGAUGCGUAUAUAAAAUAUAUUUUUAGGGUUGUACGAGGCACCCCCCCCCCCCCCCUCCAAGAUCAAACUUCUGACCCUCCCCAGAAUGCAACCUUACAAUAGGUGCCUAACUCCUGGGUAUCUAUUUACUGCUAGGUAAACAGAUGAAUUAGGGGAAAGGUAACAUACCCAACCAUUUCUGUCCCACCUGGAAAUGAAACCCAGCAUCCUCAAUUAACACUUUUGGUCCCCUGUGGACGUAUGCGGCGUCCACGAUUAACUCUGUGGAUGUGCAAAACAGAUGGCCGCGAUGUCCAAAAUUAAAAAAAUUGUUAAAACUCUAUUGGUUUUCCGAUCAUUAUUGGACUAGUUUUAAAAUGCGUGCCUUUAGAUUGCAAACCACUUGAUACCAGAAUGAACGACAUAGCAUGAAAAUUGAGGUGAGAAAAACUGAACAGAGUAUACACAUUUUAUUGUGGGUGGGCAGAUUUGUGCUUGCUCGUGGAUAACGCUCGGCAGACUUUCUAGUUUGCUGUGGGUAGCGCGCAUGUUUAGUUUUCUUAUAUACAUAUAUUCCUUUAAAAAAUUCUAUCACGAACAAAUUGAUAGCAAAAUGAACGAUGUAACACAAAAAUUGAUGGAUAACGCUCAGCUGAUUUUUGGGUUUGUUGUGGGUGGUGUCACGGGUGUGUCUUAUUUUCGUCAUCAAUUGUGUCAUGAUUUUGUUGUCAUAGUUUGUGUGUCAUAGAGAUCUGUCAAGAAUUUGGUGAUGGUUGUGGACCUUUAAAUGUUGUCUAGGGGCAAUAAAUGAUUUUACUUGAGCCUAGGGGAAAACCAAGGAGUAAGGAAAACAGCCUAGUACAAGACACAAAUUUAUACGUACAAGACAAACGAUAUUACAUAUAUUAAAUAUUGUUCCUACUACACAAGGUCAUUAUGAAUGAAUACAAUUCCCUAGCGGGCUCUAAAUACCCUAAGGCUCACCGUCCCAAACUUGGAACCGUGCACAGUCACCACAGAUAUCAACCGAUGACACAUAUAUUUACACCUCUAAGAAACCUGGACUCUCUUAUAGAACAUCUCCAAAAUCUUGCAACCUUGAUAACAAGUAAUGAUGGCUUAUCUGACUGUAUGGCUGGAGAAAUUUCUCCCGAUAGCAAGGUCUGGUUGUCAACGUAUCCGCCUCCCCUCACAUCAAGAUGGGGUCAACCUCUCUUGCGUCAUCGCCCCUUAAUACUCUAUUCUUUACAUUUGCAAUCAAACCCUUUAUUGACUUUAUUUACCAUAUUCCCCAUGCAUACUUUUAGAUUGAGUCCAUUUUUCCCUCACAUAGUUAGGCUAUUCCAGUUCACAUUAUUCCUGACAAUCUCCAGCUGAGAAGGUACUAAUUUGCUGGGCAGAAUAUUACUGGUAACUCCCGGCCUCCCAGAUUUCAGCUGUAGAUUUAUUCUAAUAAACUUUCUCCACUGUCCCCCCCAACAUUUUAUAAUUUGAAACUAUCCUCCAUUGGAGGUAAGGUUCAUAACAGGUGGCAUGCCUUUUUUUUUUUUUUUUUUU